GCCGCUAUCUUUAGAAACUGUAAUGUCGAAAAGAAUUAACUUAAACAAAUUUUAUUGCCUUAUCGGCCUUAUCUUAUUAAAGUCACGAGACUCGAAUGCAAACACCGCGCCGUUUAAAAAUGCCAUCUUACUACUGGCUGAUGAUGGGGGAUUCGAAAUGCGAUCAUACUUGAAUAAAAUUUGCCAGACACCUAACUUAGACGAAUUGGCAAAGGAAAGUUUGUUGUUUAACAAUGCGUACACCUCAGUAAGCAGCUGUUCUCCUAGCCGUUCCUCUUUGCUCACUGGUUUACCGUGCCAUCAGAAUGGAAUGUACGGUCUUCAUCAAGGAAUUCAUCAUUUUAACUCGUUUGACAACGUUCAAAGUUUGCCAAAGAUAUUAAAAAAUAAUAAUAUACGAACAGGUAUUAUUGGUAAGAAGCACGUAGGACCGAGCGAUGUGUAUCCUUUUGAUUUCUCACAGACAGAAGAAAAUAAUUCUAUACUACAAGUUGGUCGAAAUAUUACGAAGAUUAAACUCCUGGUCAGAGAGUUCCUCUCUCAAAACAGAACACAGCCCUUCUUUUUAUACAUUGGAUUUCAUGACCCUCACAGAUGUGGUCAUUCACAUCCGGAGUACGGUAACUUUUGUGAAAAAUUUGGCAAUGGGGACGUUGGUAUGGGUACCAUUCCUGACUGGCAUCCGAUAUAUUAUCAAUGGGAUCAAGUGAAAGUCCCUUAUUUCGUACAAAACACAGAAGCAGCUAGACGAGAUAUUUCUGCUCAGUAUACAACUAUUUCUCGUCUAGAUCAAGGCGUAGGCUUAGUUUUAAAAGAAUUGGAAGAUGCUGGUUUCAAGGACAACACGUUAGUAAUUUAUACAUCUGACAAUGGUAUACCAUUUCCAAAUGGUAGAACGAACUUAUACGACCCAGGACUAGCAGAACCUAUGAUGAUUAGAUCACCAAUUCCUGAUCAUAGAAGAAACAGUGUAACAUACAGCUUAACGUCUUUAUUGGACAUUGUACCAACAUUACUGGAUUGGUUUAACAUACCAUACGAAGUGCAAGCUUCGAUUGAUACGAAUGAUGUUUCCCCUCCUCCUCUAACUGGAAAGUCGCUUCUUCCUCUCCUCGUUCAAGAGCCCACGGAAAACAACACAGCUAUUUUCGCUAGCCAAACGCAUCAUGAAGUUACUAUGUACUACCCGAUGCGAGCUAUCAGAACUAAGCAAUUCAAGCUCAUACACAAUAUUAACUAUAAAAUGCCAUUCCCGAUCGAUCAAGACUUCUACGUCUCACCGACUUUUCAGGAUCUUUUGAAUCGAACUAGAAACGGACAGAGAAUUCCAUGGUACAAAACUUUAGAAAAAUACUACGAGAGACCCGAAUGGGAAUUGUACGAUUUAAGACAUGAUCCAGAAGAAAGGGUCAAUAUCGUGUCUAAGCCAUCAGCGAAGCAAACACUUGUUGAUUUACAAGAGAGAUUAAGCGAGUGGCAGAAAAUGACCAAUGAUCCUUGGCUCUGCGCGCCUGGGGGAGUUGUUAACGAUAUAAGAUCUAAAGAUCCUCAAUGCAUGCCGCUUGAAAAUCGUGUUUAAACUUUUAUAAACGAUGUAUUGUUAUGCUUUUUAUAUUGUAUUAUUAUAUUCCAAUAAAUUUGACGAAUACAACUA